AUGUCAUACAGCAACAUCUCCGGACUGUACACCUAUCUCUGGGAGCAGAAAUCCCAGGCGUAUGUUGCUGACCAGAUCGACAAGGCGCAACUCUUGGUGCCAGCAUUUGAGAAGAUUGAAAACCUGACCAAUACCUCUUAUGUGCAAAUGUAUCUCAUUUUCCAACAGGACGGCAAUGUCAAGAUCCUCAUUAGCCGGGACGGCGAGGUCAUGGAGUCCGUCUUUAGCAUGACAGCUGUCCUCACCGACAAGUCUGCGAUGCCAUAUUCUACGUACAAAGAGUUGAUGCAGACUCCGCCUUGGGGGCCCUUUGGUCACCAAUACGUUGUUCUCACCGCGCCUGGGCUUUCCACAAUUGCGACUAUCAAGGAGGCCAUCAGCGUUGUCCAUGUUAUAGCUGCCUUGACCUGCCCGGAGGGCUCCCUCAGGCUGCUGACCGAUCUCUUCCUCGAGGGAGACGAUGCGGUCAUUGCAAGUACUCCGCUGGGGACCCAGGCCGCUCACGCUCAUCUAGAUGACACACCUGUAGUACUUACACAGCAGCAGGACCCAAACAGCCAUGUCCAACAGUACUGUCAAUAG